AUGUCUUCUUUACCUUAUAGAACUAAUAAUACUGGUGGUUAUCAUCAUAAUGAACAACAAGGUAGAGAUUAUUAUCAACAGCAACAUCAUCAACAACCUCCCCCUCCACUCCCUCAAAUGUUAAAUACACAUCAACAUUCACCACCUCCACCACAGCCACCGUUACAACAAUAUGCAUAUAGAAAUCAACAAAUUUCUAAUAAUGCAACAAAUAAUGGUGGCGAUUAUAAUUUUAGAGAUAAUAUAAUAUCUGACGAUGGCCCAAGUAAUAACGAUGAUGCUUGUAGAUCUAAUAAUCCUAACAAUUAUUCAAAUGAACAACAAGUAAGAGAUUAUCCUCCACAACAACCCACUGUUCAUAACCAUCAAAAUCACCAAAAUCAUACGCCACCACCGCCUCCUCCUCCACAGCAGCAACAACCACCACCACAACCACCAUCAUCAAAUAACAUUCUACAAGAGCCAACGAAUCGUCAAUCUUUUUCAAAUGAGGAUUCAUUGGCUAAUGUUUUGUUACUUUUAGCUAAUCAAAAAACUACUACAACCAAUAACAACAAUACUACAGCCAAUAAUAUUACUACUAAUCAUAUAUCCGAUGUUGAACCAAGACCAAGAGCUAAAAGCAACCCAAUGUCAAUAUUGUCAUUACUAGAAACACCACAUCAACAUAAUGCAUCACAAGAACAAUAUAUAGAACAAAAUAUAAAAAUUAAUGAUGAUGAUGAUAUAAACAAUAAUUCAUCGUCAUCAUCAAAUUUAUCAAUAAGUACAGCAAAAAUUCCACAAAAAGAAGCAAAAAUAAUUCAAAAGAAAAGUAGUCCACAAAGAAGAAGAGCUUCAGAUGCUAUUCCCAUCGAUUCAAGGCCACCCUCAAUAAAUGCAUCAAAAUUAUCUGAAGUGCGUGAACAAUUAGGCGAAGAGAAAAAAACAAAUCAUCCUUUAAUUGCUCCACAGCUGUCUUCUACAAUGUCACAAAAGCAUGACCCUAAAUUAAAACGGAAUGCAACACAUGCUUACAUUACUUAUAUGAUUUAUACAAAUCAAACGGAAAAAAAUAAAGAUGGUCAAAUGAUGCCACAUCCACCACCGCCACCGCCAAAUACUAUGAUACAAAAUCGUCAUCUAAUAGGAUCCUCACAGCCGCCGCCACCACCACCACCUUCUGUUAAUGGUAAUGGUUAUGGCAUACAUGCGAGAAAAUGUCCUCAAAAACGUUCCGAUAAGGAAUAUAGUAAUAGGGAUAUAAUCGAUCCCUUAAUAUAA